AUGGCCAGUACUAGUUCUAGUCUUACAGUAAAUACUCUCUUUUUCCUUCUCUUCCUUCUGUUCACCACCACGACCUCCACCACUCACCAACGUCACCUCCUCCACCAACCCUUUUUCCCACUAACCACCGCCAUUCCACCGACACAACCUCCCUCUUUGUCUCCUCAAACCCAACCCAAAUACCCUUUCACUUCCACCCCAAGCAAAAACAAUAAUCUACAAAAGCCCUUUUUCCCUACCCUCCCUUCACCUCCACCACCUCCUCCCACUUCCACACUUGCUACUUUCCCUGCCAACAUCUCCUCCCUCCUCCUCCCUCACCGCUCCUCCUCUCCUCACCACAACCUCAUUAUCUCCAUCUCCAUCUCCCUUUCCCUCCUUUUCGCUGCUCUUUUAGCUUUACUUUCAGCCUUUUUCAUCUAUUCUCGCAGGAGAACCCAGCCUUUUAGUCCUCAAAAGGGUUCAAGAUCAGAAAGUCUCCGCCUUUACCCCCAAAACACUAUCCCAUCAGAUGGUUCUCCAAAGAUUCCAAAGCUCCCACACCGUCCUGGUGUCGUAAGCACAAGCUCAGAGUUUCUUUACCUGGGCACAUUAGUGAACUCUCGAGCUGGCAUCGAUGAUCAAGACAAGCCAACUUCAACCAGCAAUGCUGUUCUUAAAACUGGUGUUUCAUCAUCAUCCUCUUCACAUUAUCAAAAACUUGGGUCACCUGAGCUGAGGCCAUUGCCACCAUUGCCUAGACAUAAUUACACACCAACUUAUAGAAGUGGUGAAGUUCUUGUUAGUUCAAGUAAAGAAGAUGAAGUUGAUAGUGAUAUCGAGGAGGAAGAGUUCUUUUCACCUAGAGGGUCUUCUGGGCGGAAAGAGGCUAAUCAUGAGAUACCGGUUCGUGUUGAUUCAAGUUCUAGAAGAGUGAUUCAAGGUAUUCAAGGAGAGAUUUUUGGGUCUAGAAGUUUUAAUUCAAGGACUGCUUCGUAUCCAUUAUCAAAUUCUUUUUCUCCAUCAAAAUCUGUUUCCAGCAGUGUGUCUCCAGUGUCUAAUUCUAGCCAUAGAAGUGGAAAAUCCCAGUCUCCUGAUACGAUUAUUAAUUUUCUUGCUCCAGUUCAGUACAUUAAGCAAUCAUCGCCGUCCAUUUCUCCAUCAUCAUCUGGGAGAAAUUCAGGGGAGACGCCGAAUUCUCAGGAUCGAAAUUCGGGUUUUCCAGGACAGAAUGAGCAGGUUCCAGAGAGUGUUGGUAAACAAUUUGUUCCACUAAAACUGCCGCCGCCUCCACCUCCACCUCCACCAUCUCGAUUUUGGGAGAUGCCAGUGGGGUGA